GUUGUUUUUUUGUGUCAAAAUUUUGACUUAAAAAUGGAUCAACUCAAAGGUAAAGUUGUAAAUGUGGUCCUCACAAUUCAGGAGGGGAAAGGGAUGGAGUCUAUCAAAAAUUCAACGUUGAUUUCUGCCAACUUUAAUGGGAGAAUACUGGAAUCGGAUCCGGUCAAUGCUGAGGAUUGUCCUGCUUUCAACACGAAUCUGAUUUGGGAAAUUGAGAAGAAAGACUUGAGGAAAAUCCGGAGCUCGAAUCAGCCUCUAAGAGUCGAAUGUUUGAGUGUUGAUAAUCAAAGUAGGAGAGAGAAAUUCGGACAUGUUUUGCUUGAUUUACGGAGUGCUCAAAUUGUGGAAGAACCUGAAAAGCAAGUGUCUUUCAAGUGGCAAAAAUUGAUUGGGGUUCGCAAUAAGAAACGAAAUUGUGUUCCUGAAUUAUACUUGUCACUUACUAUAAGAAAUCAUCUGGAAGUGCAACCACCACAGGAGUCCUCGGACGAUGUUUGGGAACCAGAACCCAGACCUGAGGGUUCAAUCCCUAUUAAAUAUCUGGAAGAUGGGUACAUCAUGGUCGGGGACUCGGAGAAAUGUACCGAAGACUACUCACUCAACAUCAACAUUAAGUCAGCUUCAAGUCUAGAUUUGCUCCUACCGGAAGUUUUAGUUUUUCACCAAAAUAAUAACAAAUAUUGCAUGUGUAUCAAAAUUUUUGGGAUUCCGAUCAAAACCAAACAAUUUUCCAAAGAUUUACACGACAAAAUCAUCUUUGAAGAGAAAAUCGUUGUCAGAUUGCUUUCAAAUAUCACAAUAUUGGAACAAUUCUUCAAUGAAGAAAAGUUUGAAGUGGGUUUCAAUUGCGGUAAUGAUCUUCUUGGUCUCACAACUGUUAGUUUCAAUGAUUUGACUAAUUUAAAUGAGAAGUUGCUUUUGCCUACGUGUUUUUUCCGAUUUCCGUCACCUAAUGGUAUAGUUCCGGUUGGUGAUAACACUCGGAAACCUUCAGUGUCUCUUGAAAUUUAUCUAAUCAGAAAUAGAGAAGAACUCCCUGCUUUAGUUUCAAAUUUGGAACAAGAUGUAUCAAAAGCGUGUGGGGAUUACACGGAACAAGCAAAAGAAGAAAUCAAUCAACAGUUAUUGCUCAUUACUGAAGAACACAUGAAGGAAUUAGAAGAAUGGAAAGAAAGACAAAAGGCUGAGUUUGAAGCACAACUACAAAGUGAGCUAGAGAAAGGACGUGAGGAAAUGGAAAGAAAGAAAGUUGAACUAAACGAGAACAUAAUAAAAUGUAAGGAACUGCAAGAGGAACUGCAAGAAAAACUCGACGAAUUAAAACUAUCAAAAACAUUGAAGAAAAAACGUAAAUCGUCAACAAGUCUAGUUUCUGUUAUCGCAGAAAAUCAAAAAAAAUUUGCAGAGUGUGAUAAAGAAUUGUUAAUCGAUUACAUAAGUACGUUACAAAGUGAUAACGAGAAUUUGAAACAGAUAAUUAACGAACAGAAACAAGAGUUGGAAAAUAUCGAGAAGACAGCUUUAACUAAAGAACAAACCACAAAUCUUUUGCAAGAAUUGAAAGGUUUGGAAGAAAAAUUCCAAGUGGCUCAACAAACCAAAACAUAUUUUAAAGAACAGUGGCAGAAAGCUUGCCAAGAAAUUCACAAUUUGAAAACAGAGGAUUAUAAGCAACUUCAAAAUCAAUUACGAGAACGCAGAGAAGAAUUAGAUCAUCUUUGUAUUCUCGAUGAACCAACUGAACUCGUCUCAUUUUAAAAUGAUUCAAAGUAAAGAUUUUUGCACUGAUGA